AGACCUGCAUUCAAGCAGUGCUUCCAGAUAAGGACACAGGGCGCUUGGUGCGCCUGGAUUUUCUCUGGAGGAUGUGCAUCUGUGUUGGAUUUUACUAGAGAGAGAGAGCGGAGCUGUGGACCACAGCACAUGUGUGAGAGGCGGGUGGGCAGCAGUGGGUUCAUGUUGUGUGGUGCGGAGGAGUGUGUUGAUGUAUGCGCGCGCGGUCACUAGUUCCUGAUGCAGUCGGCGCGGACCAGCCGCGUGUGUAUCGUGGUGCUGGAGGAGGUGGAGGAGGACGAGUCCCCCACCGCCUCGACCACACCACCACCUCCUCGACCAAAAUCCUCUCCGGACCGCAAAUCCCAUCAUGCCCCGCGUCGGGUUCUAACUCAUCAGGACCACAAGGCCUCUCUGCUGAAAGCCAUCUUCAAGGUAGACGCAAAUGAAGUUCGCUCGCUCAUCUUCAAGAAAGAGGAUGUCAACAUCCAGGACCUGGAGAAGCGGACCCCCCUGCAUGCGGCCGCGUACCUGGGGAACGCCGAGAUCAUGGAGCUGCUCAUUCUCUCAGGAGCCAGAGUUAAUGCCAAAGACAACAAAUGGUUGACUCCUCUUCACCGAGCUGUCGCUUCUUGUAGUGAGGAGGCAGUGUCCGUGCUGCUGAAGCACAGCGCCGACGUCAACGCCCGCGACAAGAACUGGCAGACGCCGCUGCACGUCGCCGCCGGCAACAAGGCGGUGCGCUGCGCCGAGGCGCUGGUGCCGCUGCUGAGCAACGUCAACGUGGCGGACCGGGCGGGCCGCACUGCGCUGCACCACGCGGCCUUCAGCGGACACCUGGAGAUGGUGAAGCUGCUGCUGUCCAGAGGGGCCAACAUCAACGCCUUGGACAAAAAGGACAGAAGGGCCAUUCACUGGGCAGCCUACAUGGGUCAGGCUGACGUGGUGAGGCUGCUGGUGGUCCGAGGGGCAGAGGUGGACUGUAAGGACAAGCAGGGCUUCACCCCCCUCCACGCGGCCGCCUCCAGCGGCAUGGCCGCCGUCCUGCAUCAUCUGCUGGGCCUGGGGGUCCCGGUCAACGAUGUGAAUAGCCUAGGUAACAGCCCGCUCCAUGUGGCCUGUUAUAACGGACAGAACGUGGUGGUCCAUGAACUCCUUGCCUCCGGGGCCAACGUCAACCAAGUGAACAAGCAGGGAUUCACUGCACUGCACUUUGCCACCUCCACCCACCAGGGGGCGCUGUGUCAAGAACUGCUGCUGGCCAACAAAGCUCACGUCAACCCCAGAAGUAAAGACGGGAAGACUCCCCUCCACAUGGCCGCUUCCCACGGCAGGUUCUCUCGUGCUCAGUCCCUUAUUAAGAACGGUGCGGAGCUUGACUUGGAGGACAAGAGCGGGAACUCUGCGGUCCACCUUGCCGCCCGCCACGGCCACCAGAUGGUGGUCGCCGCCCUCAUCGACCACGGCGCCGUCACCGCCAAGAGAGGAUCUCAUGGGAUGUUUCCCCUGCACCUCGCCGCACUCAGCGGCUUCUCACACUGCUGCAGGAAGCUGCUCCCUUCAGGCUUUGACAUAGACACCCCGGAUGACUUCGGAAGGACCUGUCUACAUGCUGCUGCAGCAGGAGGGAAUGUGGAGUGUUUGAACCUGCUGUUGAACGCGGGAGCAGACUUCAACAGGAGGGACAACUUUGGCCGGACCCCGCUCCACUACGCUGCGGCCAACUGUAACUACCACUGUGUGUUCGCCCUGGUGGGCUCCGGGGCCAGCGUCAGAGAGCUGGACAAGAGGGGCUGCAGCCCCCUGCACUACGCAGCCGCCGGAGACGCAGCCGGGAAGUGCCUGGAGUACCUGUUGAGGAACGAUGCGGACCCAGGUGUGCGAGACAACCACGGCUUCAGCCCUGUGCACUACGCCUCGGCCUACGGUCACACGCUGUGCCUGGAACUGAUUGCUAGUGAGACGCCCCUGGAUGUGCUGAUGGACACAUCUGGACUGGAGCUGCUGAGUGAUUCAGAGUGCAGCGCCCCCGUCAGCCCGCUGCACCUGGCCGCGUACCACGGCCACUGCGGGGCCCUGGAGGUGCUGCUGUCCUCCCUGCUGGAGGUGGAUGUCAGGAGCCCCGAGGGACGGACCCCCCUCAGCCUGGCUUGCUCCCGGGGCCACCAGGAGUGUGUGUCCCUGCUGCUCCAUCACGGGGCCACACCCAUGGCCCGCGACUACUCACACAAGAGAACGGCCGUGCACGCCGCAGCUCUGAACGGAUAUCCAGAGUGCCUGCGUCUACUCAUGUCGGGCAACAACCAGCACACUUCAGUGGACGUACAGGACAGCAACGGACAGACUCCUCUGAUGCUGGCCGUGCUGAGCGGACACACAGAGUGUGUGUACUCGCUGCUCGGCCAGGGAGCCAGUGUGGCCGCCAAGGACCGUUGGGGCCGGACGGCGCUGCACCGAGGGGCAGUGACAGGCCAGAAGGAGUGUGUGGAGGCCCUGCUCCAGCGGGGGGCCAGUGUGUGUGUGAGGGACGUGCGGGGCCGCACGCCGGUCCACCUGGCGGCCGCCUGCGGGCGGGUGGGCGUCCUGGGGGUCCUGCUGCAGGCGGCCAGCUCCUACCAUGCCCCCACCCAGCUGACCGACAACCAGGGAUACACACCACUGCACUGGGCCUGCUACAACGGUUAUGACGGCUGUGUGGAGCUGUUGCUGGAACACGAAGCCUUCAGGAACAUUCAGGGAAACUCCUUCAGUCCACUGCACUGUGCUGUGAUGAACGACAAUGAGGGUGUGGCGGAGAUGCUUCUAGACUCUCUGGGCAGCGCCAUCGUCAACACCAUAGACUCCAAGGGCCGGACCCCCCUCCACGCCGCGGCCUUCUCCGACCAUGUGGAGUGUGUGUCCCUCCUGCUGGGGCACGGCGCGCACGGCAACACCACGGACACACACACCCGCAGCACACCCCUGAUGAUGGCUGCUCACAACGGACAGACCAACACUGUGGAGGUGCUGGUGAGCAGUGCUAAAGCCGACCUCACGCUGCAGGACAGGGACAGGAACACUGCCUUACACCUGGCGUGUGGAAAGGGUCACGAGACGAGCGCCUUGCUGAUCCUGGAGAAAAUCCACGACCGGAACCUUGUCAACUGCACCAACGCUGCUCUGCAGACGCCCCUGCACGUCGCGGCCAAGAGCGGCCUGACCGUGGUGGUCCAGGAGCUGCUGGGGAAGGGGGCGAGUAUCCAGGCCGUGGAUGAGAACGGUUACACCCCGGCGCUGGCGUGCGCCCCCAACCGGGACGUGGCCGACUGCCUGGCGCUCAUCCUCAGCUCCAUGAUGCCCUCCUCCCCCAUGGUCACCAUAGCGACUCUGCCCACCACGCCCCGGGCCCGGACGGCCGUCAAUCACCACCACUCCUCCUCCUCGAAGCACACCGACAAGGGCGUGGUGCAUGCCCCGCCCUCUCUGCGCUCCGGCCACGGCCCCCAUCGCAGGCGGGACCGCCCGCGCUCCGCGGCCUCGGCGGACGAGGAGCUCAACGACUCGGACUCAGAGACGUACUGAAGAGGCCCCGCCCACUGCUCCCCUUUAACCCCAGACCAAUGCCCGGUUAAUGUGUCUCAGAGACGCUGCUAUUGGCCGCUGCCCCUGAUUGACUGACAGGCCAGCCAACCACUCAGGAGAUCGGGAAAGAGGGAAAAUUAAAGUAUCUAUGUUGAAUGAAAUAGAAUAUAAAUAGUAUACAGUACAUUUGAAUUUUAGCCUUUCCCUGUCCACUGCCCGGGGUGUGGGACGCCUCUGGACUGCAACUUUGGAUUUUUUGGUCUUGGUCUGUACUGUUGUGUAAUGAAGAGGUGUGUGUGGGUGUGGGUGUGGGCGUGCGUGCCUGUGUGUGUGUGUGUGUGCGUGUUUGUGUAUGCAUGUGUGCCUGCGUGUGUGUGUGUGUGUGUGUGUGUGUGUGUGUGUGUGUGUGUGUGUGUGUGUGUGUGUGUGUGUGUGUGUGUGUGUGUGUGUGUGUGUGUGUGUGUGUGUGUGUGUGUGUGUUAAUUAUCUGUGUCAGAGAUAGAAAAGAUCCAUGGACUUUCCGAGAAACAUUUCCACACACAACAAGGACGGAUUUGUCCUUGUUGUAAAUGUUUUUAAAGGCGUUUGACGUAAUAAA